AUGGAAUCACACAAAUCCUGUUCCGGUCACCCGCUGGAGGUUAAAAAGGGCACCUUGGUCAGGACGUUGAAGGAUUAUGAAGCAUACAAGGUUGAGGUUUCCGAGGCAAAAUCCAAGCUGGAAUCCUUGAGGGACACUGAAGACAAGCACGAGUUUCGCAAAGCCAAGGAGAUCCUCGAUGAAGCCACUGCGGUGCUUGAGUUCACCCGCAAGCGUCUGGCCGGGUACGCCACCGACCUCGACGUCUAUAUUCGCGACAGCAUACUCCCACUUUUGGACACUCCCAACGUUCCGCCCAUGUGCAAGGUCUAUGUGAAGGAGGCCAGGGAGCACCUGGAUCGUUUGGUCACCAACCACCCUGAGGUAGAAUUCAAAUUCGCUACUGAGGCCUCUUAA